AUGGUCCGCCGGACUGCUCUACUGGCCCUUGUGGCCCUCUCAUCCAUCUCUAUGGCGCAAAUCUCAGACAAUUUUGAGGGAGGCUGGGACCAGACCACGUGGCCCACCUACGCACCAAGUUGCAACCAGGGAGGGACCGUCAGUCUCGACACAACAGUUGCCCAUAGUGGCAGCAACUCUAUGAAGGUCGUUGGUGGCCCUAAUGGCUUUUGCGGACACAUCUUCUUUGGCACCACCAAGGUGCCAUCCGGCGAUGUGUAUGUUAGAGUUUGGCUUCAGCUUAAAACUGCUCUCAACAACGACCAUGUCACAUUCAUUAUUAUGCCAGACAACGCACAAGGUGGUGAUGACCUCCGCAUUGGUGGCCAAAGCCAAGUCCUCGACUACAACCGCGAAUCCGACGAUGCUACACUUCCGGACCUAUCUCCACAAGGCAUUGCCUCCUCGGUCAAUCUGCCCACCGGCUCGUUUCAGUGCUUCGAAUACUACCUGGGCACUGACGGAACGAUGCAGACCUGGCUGAAUGGCAAUCUCAUCUCGGGCAUGACCGCGGGGCCGAAUGCCGACAAUGCGAACGACGCCGGCUGGACUAGAAAAUCUUAUGUUCCUGACAUCACUGGUGUCUACUUUGGCUGGGAGGCCUACAGCGGAGAUAUCAACACUGUUUGGUUCGACGACAUCGCGAUUGAGACGAGCCGCAUAGGAUGUGGCGGCCCCGCAGCAUCUGGGAGUACUACUGUGCAUAGCACCGCCUCGGGGCCAACGACUUCCAAACCAACCACCACUACAAAACCAACCACCACCAUUCCGCCAUCAACUUCAAAGACGACAAGCUCUACAAGUGCUACUCAGACUAAAUACGGCCAGUGCGGAGGCCAAGGUUGGACUGGACCGACUGCAUGUCCUCCUGGUUCAACAUGCACAUACCUGAAUGCAUAUUACUCUCAAUGCUUGUAG